AUGGCGGACAAGGGAAAAAUCCCGCGUCCGUCGACUUCCAAGCCGAAGACCGCGCCCAAGCCCGUUAAGGCUAAGGUGCAGGCGCGGCCCGCGAGAGUCCGCAGCACAUCAGCCCCCGAGCACGAGCCCGAGGUGAGUAAAAGACCUGUUACUCAGCGCCAGGCGGAGCGCGUUGCGACCACGGCUGAUGAGUCGGCGCGAUUACACGCCAGGCUCAUCACCACCACUCCGCUGCAACCGCGCCCGCCGAAGAGCGCUAAACCUCGCACUUCCCCCGACGAUUCAGAUCGGGAGGAAAAGAUUCCCAGGCGGGGCCCGACCCCCGCGCAACCAACGGACAGCGCCGCCGCCGCUCCGGCCGCGGUGCUUGUCCACGACGUGGUUCGUGACGGA